AUGUCAAUUUGUGACGACGACACCCAUCUGCAGCCGCUUCUUGACCGCUCGGAUGCUCACGAGAUACCUCCAACCGACAACGAGGUGCAUUCAGUUCCAAAACGGGAUAAAGUGAAGUCGAAGAUGGUAUUAUCAUGCGGCGUUGUUGCUGUUUUGGUUCUGAUGGUCCACAUGAUGUUCGUCGCGCUGCUGAUGAAGACAAUCGUGACUCUGGAGCAGUUGACUCUGCCGGAUUUAUGUCAUCGUGAAACGGUUGGAGAAAUGAUCCUGGAGCUCCAGAACCCGUCGUACUGCUCGCCAAUAGUGGGACCACUGGACAUUCGAUUCUCAAAGGAGAGCAUGACAUUCUUGCACGUUCACGUUGCUGCAUUUGAACUCCAAUCAGGGCUGACAACGGUGGUAUCUCCAGUACACUUUACGUUACUGGAGUCACCUCGAGAUUUGUACCAAUUUGUGCUUGCUGAAGAUGGAGAAAAUAUCCACGUCCAUGGCCAAGUUCCAGUUUCGAUUUCGUGCAUGUUGGUCCCCUUCACGAUCCAUUUGGACGUUUCAGACCUGCUGAGAGCAAAUACACAGCCACUCAUUACCACAUGGGUUCCGCCACAUUGGCGAUAUACCGUGGGUCUACCCAUGGAUAGUGCUGGCAUAGGGGCAUCAGGUAUCGUGAACGAGAUCAUGACGGAGUUGCAGCAUGUCGUGAAGCAAGUGCUUCAAACGAUUGCCCUUUCCCACUUCCACACGGAGGAAGACAAGCAAGAGGUCUUUGCUUAUACGGACGUAUCGAUCGAGUACGCGUCAAGAGUGCUCUGGAAUCUUCCCUCGCUUUCAAUUGCGGUCCAAUCUGUAGAAAGACAGACUCUUCUCGUGGCAGGGUUCAAGCGCUUUCUCUUGGGAAGCGGCCAGACUUUCAUCUCAGCUUUCACAGAAGUGUUCAAGAAUCAGACGGACCCUCUUCUGUCAAUGUUGCAAUCGUAUUUGUCAGGAAACGACGUUGAGCUUCACGUCCGUGGUGGUAAUGCUGAUACUGAAUGCUACUCAUUGCGAGUGCUUGAUCUAGUAGAUGUCCAGGUGAGCGUUCCCGCCAAGAUUGACAACAAGCCAGCAUUCCUUCGUGAGUACUCGAUCAAGCCAAUGCUCAAGGAGAUGGAUUCCAAGAACCAUGUAUGUUAUCUGGACUUGACAGUGUCGAUUCGGAUCAACAAUCCGUUGCCCAUUCAGUUGGACCUUUAUGGCAUCGAAUUGAAUCUGCUGUUCAAGAAUGACUCGAUCGAGAACAACCAUAGCUCCAAGUUCCUGCUGCACGUCAACAACACAAUGCACGUAGCAUGGAUGGCUCACGACGAAAACACCAUUGUGCUGAAAACAGCUGUGCACGAUUUCGAUUCCUGCGUAGAAGUGGUGACGUUCUAUCUCGAUAACCAGCUGUCUUUUGACAUCCAGCACGGUCGCGCAUCUCUGGGUUCUGAUCUUGGAAACUUCAGUAUUCCGUUCUCGGUCCAGGACAUUCACAUCAACCCCAGCCAAUCCGCAAAAGACGUCAGUCGCGCAUCACUAAUUGUCAAAAAGUAG